AACUUGGUGAUAGGCUGGAUGAGGGCCAAUAAACAAGCUAAAUCUUGGCAGGACAGAAGUCCUGUGGGUGAAUGUUUCCUGAGUCCAGGAGAUAGGUUCACUGCCUGUUCUGGAUGGGACUGAGCUUCCUUUGAAAGACCAAGUUUGUAGUCUGGGACUAUUUCUCUACCCAGUGCUGUCAGGGGAAUCCGAAGUAGCUGCAGUGACUCUGAGUACCUCCAAUUGAUUUGCCACUUCUCCUGGACAAGGGUAGCUUGGCCAUGGUGAAACCUGUGCUGUUAACCUCAAGACUGGAUUUCAGCCACGUGCUGUUUGUGGGGCUGCCCUUAAGGCUGCUCCAGAAGCCGGAGUCUGCGCAGAAGGCAGCAGCUUAGCUGUUACAAGGCUCCUCUUUUCCUCAUACAACACCCUUGGUGAAGGACCUGCACUGGCUACCUCUUCUCUGCUGGGCCAGCUUUCAAGUUUUAGUACCAGUAUACAAACCCUGGAUCAACUUGGAAGAGAGUGCCUUCGUUCUUACCAACCUCCCUGGUCAUGGGGGUCAUCAGAGGAGUUUUUUCUGGUGCUUCCGCACUGAACUAUGACCCUGCUGGAUCCACCAGGAGAAGAGCCUUCAGUGCAGUGGCCCCAUUUCUGUGGAAUUCCCUGUUUUGGGAGGUCAAGAACUAACCUUGUGCUGUUUUCAGUGCUGCUAAAAACAACCUUGCUCUGGGAAGCCCUUUCUUGCUGACCAGCUGUGGUUUUGCUGUUACAUUGUUUUUAAUGAGUUUACACAUAUUGUUUUUAUACUUUUACUUGUUUAACUUUGUCGUGUUUACAGCUGUGGAUCUCCUUGAAUAUGUAGCAAUAUACAGAUAUUGUAAAUGAAUAAAUAAAUAAGCUGGGCAUCUUCCUUUUGCAUAGGGAUUGCCUUCCCAGUAUGCCUUUUUUUCUUUUGAAGGAUUCAGUGAUUUCAAAGAAAGUUUAGAAAAUUUAGUGACUGGCACUUCCUAGAGUUUUCACCUUUGUGGUUCUUCUUCUGCUAGAAAGAGACAGUGAAUUAUUAUUAUUCAUUAGUUUUAUAUGCCACCUUUUUUUACAAAGCACUCAAACCAGCAUACAUAAUUUUUCUCCUACUCUCCAUCUUAUCCCCACAGCAACAACCCUGUGAGGUAGGUUGGGCUGAGAGUCUGUGACUGGCCCAAAGUCACCCAGUUGACUCCAUGGCUGAGCAGGGACUAGAACCCAGAUCGCCUGAGUCCCAGUCUUGCCCUCCUAAUUCCAACACCACUGCAGUGAAUGUCAAUGUGUAGGAGGUUUAAUACUACUGGAUCCCUGACCCCUGAGCACCGGAGGAAGGAAAGAUCACAUCAAAACAUAGCUUGGAUAGUCCAAAUCUCUCUCCUGUGAACUGUUUCUGGUUUUACUGCCCUGAUCAGAGGUUCCAGAUAGGAUGGAACAAGAGAGGGAAUGUCAAACUCUAGAUCUUCACAGACUGGAGAACAAGAUUUCCCCAGAGGCUCACUCAGGGUAUCCUACUAUGACAGUAAAAGUAAAAGAGGAAGAGGAAGAAAAAUCAUGGGUACCAAAUAAUCUGAACUCGGAGGAAAUCGAGACCUUCGCACAUGGUAACUUAGGGCUCCCUGACAUAAAGAUAAAGGUGAAAGAAGAGGAGGAACUGUGGGCAGUAGAUCAUCAUGUUCCUGAAGAAAACAGCAUCCCCCCAACUGCCCAUUCAGGAUUUCCCAAUCUCAAGCCUGACUUGAGCUGCAAGACUAAGCGAGGGGAAGAGAAUUUGAUUCUGGAGCAAAAGAACAUGGAAGAAAAUGGCACUCCAGAUCACAACUCUGGGUUUCCUGAUGUGAUGGUAAAGAUGGAAAAAUGGGAAGGUGCCGUCUCCCCUGCUCAUGACGGAUCUGGAAUGAACCAGGCUGUUGGUGCCCCCUGCUCAGGUGUCCUUAUGUCUGCACAACCAAUCAACUAUGUACUGCUCUCCUUAUCUGUCCCAUCGAACAAUCAAGGUACUGUUCAAAAGGUAGAAAAACCACAGGGAAUAUGCAGAGAUUCACAAGCUAAAGAUGAGCCUGCCCCCCAGCCUGCCCCACGGACGGGGACACAGCAAUCGCAGGUGCAUUCCCGAGUGAACGGCACUCCGGACUCGCAGAGAAUACGUGCAAAAUUUUGGUCUCAUCGCGAGCUGGGGCUGUUCAUCGACCUGUGGAUCAGUCCAGAGGCGCAGCAGACCCUGCAAAGGAAUUACAGGAACGAAAGCGUGUACACGUGGAUCUCGGAAGAAAUGGCAGCCCAGGGCUUCACACGCAGCCCCGCGCAGUGCCGGGAGAAGAUCAACGGGCUCAAAAAGAAGUUCAAAGAGGUGACAGCCCACAACAAACAGCCAGGCGUGGAACCGCGCACCAUGCCCUUCUAUGACAAGCUGGCUACCAUACUGCUGAACAAGAAGAACAUGACGACGGGAUACGCAGCCAGCGGCGGCAUCCCAGCGGCUCAUCAGCUGCGAGUUAAGCAUCACGCCAAGCAGGUGAGCCUUUUGUCCCAGAGGGACUUCUCUCCCAGUCCAGAUUCCUCCCGGAGAGUCUGCGCCAGCCAGCUGCCUCCACCGCAGUCCCACCAACCUCUUGGCGGGACGGGAUGCAGAGCCCUGUCUCUGUCCAGGCCAUCCUCCGCGAACACCAGUAUUUCCGCAUCAUCAGCAGCCAUCUCCUCCGUGUCCAGCGCUGCCCCUCCCACCAAGCUGCCACGCAUGGAGACGGAGCAAGAGUGCCAACCCUCACAUUCUCAGGAUCUCAUUCGGGCCAAACGAGACCGCACUGCACGCUCAGGAAGCCCAUCGCUUUUGGCAGUGCAGAGGACUCAGCCUGCAUCAAGGACUAGCAGCCCAACCCUCUCCUCUCGGACGAGUAGUCCCACGGUAUUUCAGACCACACAGGAGCACCUGGGCGUGCGGUCGCGGGCCCUGGUGACCAGCUCUCGUUCUUCCCCCACCUGCUCCCCAGCACAGGAGGCCGAGCAGGAAUCGCGCAGUGCAGCGUGGAACAGUUUUCCUCAGACAAUACUGUCGGAAGUCGAUCUGGCCACGGAGGCGAUCAUGGAAGUGAAUUCCUCCCUCCUGCCGGAGUCCUCCGUGCUCGAGAGAGUCCCGACACAGCUGUCCCAGGCCAAGGAGCAGGAGCGUUUCCUUACAGAUGUGGAUGACGUCAUCAUGCGCUCUCUGGCCCGAACGGGGGAGCCGCCUGCCGAAGAGGAGUUACUAAAUGACAGUAUUAUUCUACCCGAAACAAAAAAACAGGAAGGACGUGGUAUGGACGAGGCGCCCCUGAUCGAAUCGGCCUUGGCUCAUCUGUUUGAGGAGCGGAGUGGCUCAGCUUUGCUGGGGUUCCCACCAGGGUCAAGAGAGCAGGACCGUUCCCAGUAUGCAGAAGCCACUGAGCGACGGGAGGAGGAGGAGCGGCUCAAGGGGAUGGACCGAGAAACGAGCACUCUGAAAGCCCAGUGCAAACCCCUGGAAAAAACCCCCAUGGAGAGAGUGGAGCCCGAGGGGUCGCUGACUAACGCGCAGAGAGCUGCCCGGCUGAGGAACCGGCGCAAGACCGACCGCGUGCAGCUCGCGAGGGACUUGGUGCGGGCCAUCGAGAUCACGGGGGAGCACACCUGCGAGGUCCUGCAGGAGCUGGACGCCAAGGAGUCUCAGCGGAGGGCGCGGGACCACCUGCUGUCCGUGUGGGCCACGCGCCACACUGCCCGGAGCAUACGGGACUGCGGGGAGCUCAUGUCGACGACUCUGCGGGAGUCCAUGCGAGCCUCUGACCAGGCCUUCGAAAGGGCUAUGGCAGAGAGGACGGCCGCCAUCGAGAGGCAGACGCACGUCUUAGACAGACUCGCGGCGGCCAUGAUGGCCGCGUUGCCGGGACAGCCGUCCCAAGCCCCCUUCCAGCAGUUCCCGUACGGCCCACAGCCCUUCCUCGGUGCCCCGUCUUCCUCCACGUUCCAUCACCCACAGGCUCAGGUACCCCUGGCUGGGCCCCCAGACAGGGAGCACCAGCCGCAUCACGUGGAGAAUCCACCAGUCGUGCCUGCCCUGUCCCCGGAACCGUGUCUCCGUCUGCCAGGCCCGCAGCAGCAGGGGGAGGCACCAGUGCCACUGCAGCCCCAAGCCCCUGAAAUGGCGGCAGAUCCUCCAGCACUAGCACAAGGCCCGGUUCAGCCUGAAAUCCACACCCCAGAAAACCUCACCUAAAACACAGCCAGCAGGACCAAGAAUACAGACCUCGGUCUGCCCAGCAGGGGGCAGAGGGUGCCUGUGAGUACAAGACGCCAGGUCACAGAUGCUCGGUGUAACCUUUCCGGACAUACUCUUUGAAAGUUUCUUCAUUGCUAUCUAGAAACACUAAUAAAGUUGACACAAGACAGUAGAAAGAGUGGUGCUCCAUUCUUGCAGCCCAGCGAGGCAGGAGAGGUAGCUUCUCAAGACAAGGUCUCUGUAUGAGAGGACAUGUGGCCAGUGGAAAACCAAGUGGCAAGAAAAGGAGCUGAAGCUUAGACUAUCCUUGUGGAGCGUGUACUUUCCAAGAGUCUGUCUGACAGUUGCUGUAACAGUUAGAAGAAGCGUGGCUCUGAGAAUAGUCAGGUGCUUCAGAGGAAGAGAUGCGCUCCUCAGGAACGCCCUGCUGGAGUGUGGGUAGCGGGCUGAGUGAAUCGUUUCACCUGGACAAGAGGAUUAAACUUAGCGGGAAACUUUUCAGUCUUCUUCCUUUCCCUCCUCCCUCAGCCCACCGCAUCAGCAGAGCGCACGCGAGGCAAUACGUGAUCUUUGCAGGUCCUUUCUGCAAAACGCACCAGCAGCCGCUGGAGCAGAGCACUCUGUGCUUCCUGUAGCGGAUAGACUUCUCAGACACGAGCAUACAGUUUCCAGGACUGGCGGCCUGGCCUCUGGGCUGAUGCUGCAAGGGUUAAGGAAGGAUGAAGGCUCUUGCGAUGGGGCAGUGCCGUUGUGACCUCCUCGUCACGCUUGUAGUGCACAACUAUAUAAUAUCAGGGAGCAGAACGCCUAGGUGCAAUAUGUUUCAGGGUUUCCCUCUCCUGUGACAGGGCUAAAGGGGUAACUUGCCAUGCCGUGCAUUCCUCCACGCAGCUCUUCCCCUGUGCCGCCCCCUGACCUAGCAAGCACACGCAAGCUGCAGCGUGAAAGCAGGUGCUACCUCC